GAGUUACACGGCUACAAAGUCACCUAAGCUAAAGAUGAGUAAAAUAAUUAUACUAGUACUCGUCGCUGCUCUCUGCUACCAUUUGGUAGGGAGCAUGCCGUCUAGUGGUUCUAACCCAUCGAGUACGCAAUCAAGUUCUGAAGCAAGUAGUCAAGCUAAAUCAUCAACAAAAUCUGAAAGCUCUGGGUCAGAAUCGAAGGCAAAAUCUGAAUCAUCCGCAAAAUCUGGGAACCAUGGAUCAGAAUCGGAGGCAAAAUCUGAAUCAUCCGCAAAAUCUGGAAACCAUGGGUCAGAAUCGGAGGCAAAAUCUGAAUCAUCCGCAAAAUCUGGAAACCAUGGGUCAGAAUCGGAGGCAAAAUCUGAAUCAAUGGGAAAAUCUGGAAGCUCUGGGUCAGAAUCGAAGACAGAAUCUGAAUCAUCCGCAAAAUCUGGAAACCAUGGGUCAGAAUCGGAGGCAAAAUCUGAAUCAAUGGCAAAAUCUGGAAACCAUGGGUCAGAAUCGGAGGCAAAAUCUGAAUCAAUGGCAAAAUCUGGAAGCUCUGGGUCAGAAUCGAAGGCAAAAUCUGAAUCAUCCGCAAAAUCUGGAAACCAUGGGUCAGAAUCGGAGGCAAAAUCUGAAUCAAUGGCAAAAUCUGGAAGCUCUGGGUCAGAAUCGAAGACAGAAUCUGAAUCUCAGUCAAAGUCCCAGUCAUCAACGGGGCCUGUAAAUGGCGAAGAGUGUGAUGAUGAAACGGGAAAAGGCGGUGAGACAAAAAGUGGAAAGGGUAACACUGGAUCAGGAAAGUCAAGUACAUCUGGGGAUACUGGAUCAGGAACGUCAAAUACAUCUGGUAAUACUGGAUCAGGAAAGUCAAGUACAUCUGGGAAUACUGGAUCAGAAAAGUCAAGUACAUCUGGGGAUACUGGAUCAGGAACGUCAAAUACAUCUGGUAAUACUGGAUCAGGAAAGUCAAGUACAUCUGGGGAUACUGGAUCAGGAACGUCAAACACACCUGGGAAUACUGGAUCAGGAAAGUCAAGUACAUCUGGGGAUACUGGAUCAGGAACGUCAAACACACCUGGGAAUACUGGAUCAGGAAAGUCAAGUACAUCUGGGGAUACUGGAUCAGGAACGUCAAAUACAUCUGGUAAUACUGGAUCAGGAAAGUCAAGUACAUCUGGGGAUACUGGAUCAGGAACGUCAAACACACCUGGGAAUACUGGAUCAGGAAAGUCAAGUACAUCUGGGGAUACUGGAUCAGGAACGUCAAACACACCUGGGAAUACUGGAUCAGGAAAGUCAAGUACAUCUGGGGAUACUGGAUCAGGAACGUCAAAUACACCUGGGAAUACUGGAUCAGGAACGUCAACUUCACCUGGUGGCACUGGAACAGGUAGUUCAACUACACCGAGUGGCACUGGAACAGGUAAUUCAACUACAUCCAGUGGCACUGGAACAGGUAAUUCAACUACAUCCAGUGGCACUGGAACAGGUACAUCGGGCAAUACAGGCGGUUCACCAUGCAAUGCUGAGAUCGAAGUUUGCAUUAAUACUACACCCAGUGGCACUGGAACUGGUAGUUCAACUACACCGAGUGGCACUGGAACAAGUAAUUCAACUACAUCCAGUGGCAGUGGAACAGGUACAUCGGGCAAUACAGGCGGUUCACCAUGCAAUGCUGAGAUCGAAGUUUGCAUUAAUACUACACCCAGUGGCACUGGAACUGGUAGUUCAACUACACCGAGUGGCACUGGAACAAGUAAUUCAACUACAUCCAGUGGCACUGGAACAAGUACAUCGGGCAAUAAGGGCGGUUCAUCAUGCAAUGCUGAGAUCGAAGUUUGCGUUAAUCUCUAAUGAUAGUGGAUUGAGUAAAGAACUCUCUCCGAUCAUACGAAUUAUUACGUCAGUGCACGUGUGAGUUGAAGUGAUGAAUACUAGCUAUUUUUCGAAUAAGUUGUUUCGAAUCCACGACUAUCUUCAUCUUUUGUUUAAUUCUCGUUCGGUUGUUUUGAUUUGUCUUAAUUCUAGACCUGUAUUAUAUCAGCAAGAGUUCAUUGCGUUCUUUUUUCUUCUGCCUAUAUUUGGAUCGGUAUAUUUUCAAAGUCACUACUUAUCGAGCUCAUUAUCACUACUUUUUUCUAUUAGUAUGACAUACUCAUUUCGUACAUAUGCGAAUUCAUCACUUCGUUUUGGACAAUAUUGGACUACGUGCUUCGUAAAACAGUCCGUCCUCGGGAUACGGGGAAUCAGCUCAUCCUUACGUUAUCGGAGAUUGCAAACUUCACUAAUCAAACUAGAGAAUUUUAGAUUUAAGCCGAUACAAUUAAUGUCAAAUUUCGAAUCUAAGCUUGCCACUGAUUGUGGAUGGAAAGGAAAACGUUGAGGUGAUGAUAAAGCAUCCUUCAAACUAAAUAUAAAAGUAGAUAAGACUUCAGCUGUAUUAUAUUGGAUAUCUGGAAAAUAACUUUCAUAUGCUAUUCUUUACAAACCCCGAGGUAAUUCAACACUUCAAAGAAUUGUCAAAUUAAUUGGGGAAUAAACACAAUAAAAAUCCGUAACACUAAUGAUCGCAUAUUGUAUGACUUAAGAAACUCUAGCUCAGGAACCUCGAGCGAAACAUAGUCUUAUAAAAAUCAGUAAUGAUAGGUGAAAUUACAAAAUAAAAACCGAAAAUGCUCGUGAUUUUAAUAAAAUAGACAACGUAAGAAAAGUGUUAUUAUACUGGAGGUUGUUCAACAAGUCUAAUGAUUAAAAGUUUAUUUUCAUAUGA